UUUCUCCUUCCUCUCCCUCAGUCCUUCCUCGGGGCCAGUCAUAAAGUAAAACGGCGCGAAGUGUCGCGCCUCCUCCCCGCUUCUGGAACCGCGGCGGCGGCCAGGCCUGACAGGAAACCUAGCCGCGCUUUACGGCCGCUGGAUGAGGAGGAGCGGAGAAAGGGAGCGGGAGGUGCCGCGGCUGCUGCUGAAGGGACUUUGGGGACAUGGCCGAGGUACCGCCCGGGCCUAGCAGCCUUCUCGCUUCGCCGCCGGGAGCCGCCGCUGCGCUCCUUUCUCCCUUUCCGGGAACCGCUGAAGAGGAGGAGGAGGAAGAGGAGGACGAAGAGAAAGGAGGAAGGCGUUAUUGCAGGAGGGAGGAGGAGGAGGAGGAAGCUGAGGAGGAAGGCAUGCGGGAGGGGAGCCUGCCCCGCCGCCGCGUUUGCCAGCCCCAUCGCCACUACCAUCAGCUCAACGGGCUCAUCGUUGGGUCGGACUUGCGGCACUUGCGAAGCUCCCUGAAGGACAAGGUUUUAAGCCACAGCAACGAGAACCAGUGUCUGCCCAAUAGCAAGAAAAACAGCAAGGCCACCAUCGCCACUGGUCCUGGCAAAACAAUGGGACACGGGCAGGAGCCCCAGCAUCCCUGCCAGGGAGGGGAACGGGAGACAAGCCCAUCUUCACUCAGCAACCACCACCAGGUCCCUUGCCCCCAGGCAAGGACUGCACAGUCCCAGCAGCAACACCACCACCACCACCACCAUCAUGCUUCUGCUCCCUCUGCUGGGGACAGGAAUGGGCUGGUUGGGGGAGGAGAGUUGGAGGAAGGCGAGGAGGACCAGGAGUUGGAAAGGGAAGAGGAGUCCUUGCUACUUCUCUCCAGAUCCUUGGCCUCUACCUGCAGUUUGCAAAAAUGUUCCAUGGGUUCCCAUACAGACACUUCCUGGCCCCCCCAGCAGGUGAAGGAGGAGAAAGGGGACCUCACAAUACGAUAUGUCCGAUACGAGUCCGAGCUACAGAUGCCAGACAUCAUGAGACUGAUCACCAAAGAUCUGUCUGAACCCUACUCCAUUUACACUUAUAGGUAUUUUAUCCACAACUGGCCUCAGCUUUGCUUUUUGGCAAUGGUAGGUGAUGAGUGCGUAGGUGCAAUCGUCUGCAAGUUGGACAUGCACAAAAAGAUGUUUCGUAGAGGUUAUAUAGCCAUGUUAGCGGUGGAUUCCAAAUACAGAAGAAAAGGCAUAGGUACAAACUUGGUUAAGAAAGCUAUUUACGCCAUGGUAGAAGGAGAUUGUGAUGAGGUUGUCCUGGAGACUGAGAUCACGAACAAGUCUGCAUUGAAACUUUAUGAAAAUCUUGGCUUUGUGCGAGACAAGAGGUUGUUCAGAUACUAUUUAAAUGGAGUUGAUGCAUUGCGUCUUAAACUUUGGCUGCGUUAAUUGGAGGACUUUUCUUCUCAACAAACAUGGCAGCAGCAUCUUCUGCAUUCAAUGCAAUUUGUGUGGAAUUGCUUUGCAGUUGGACAUAAUAACUUCCAUACAGCUCUUCUUUGUGAGUGUCUCAUCGAGCAUUGCACCUAAAUUGUUGCACUGUGUGGCAUGGCACAUCUUGUUCUGAAUUUACAACAGGUUGUUUCAGACUUCAAAUCCUCUUGGUAACCAGGAAGAUGUGCCAAUAGGUAGCCAAGAGCUCCUCUUUUCAUUUGCAAGUCUACUGACUCCUGUUAUAUAAAUGGUGAACAUUUUAUCAAGAAUCUGUGUAUACAGAACAAAACCUUUUUUUUUGUUUAAGAGAGAAAGAAAAGCCAAUGUAAUUGUAAAAUUCUAUAAGUAUACUAACAUUUCAUACAAAUCUCACCAUAGUUUUUUUUUCCCUGGGGAAAAUAAAAAUUACUUCAACUUUAGGUUUUAUUUUUCAAUAUUGAAGUUUCCAUUCUUAAAUAUUGGUACCUCAGUGAUUAGUGGAUGAAAAAAAUGUAUUGUAGGGUUGGGUGUGUGUUACAUCGAGUAACGGUAACAAUUAAAUUGCGUCUGCCAGUGCCUGUAGAAAUACGUAUAUUUGUCUCCACUGCUAAUUUGAGUGCAUGCUUUCUUUUCUUGAUUUUUUUUUUGUCUUUGCAAGAAUGGCUUUUAUUUAAAUUCUGGAUUUGAUAAUAAAUUAUUUAAUGUAUCAUUUGGACAGAACUCCCAUGUGAGGGCUUAAGAAGCCCUUGUCUUACAGUAAAAAGUCUAAGCUAUUUUUCAAAAGAACAAUUUUGAGUAGCUGCUAAAAGGGAGUCUGAUGCACUUUUUCCUUUAAAGAGAGAGAGAGGGAUCUUUUUAAAA